AUGUCGGACGGAAGUGUUGAGCGAGGAACCAAGCGUGCUGAGGAUUCGUUGGCUACCCACCAACUUACCGUUCAAUACAAGAGAUAUUACAUCGAUGUGAACGAGAACACUCGCGGUCGUUACAUCAAGAUUGCUGAGUUGGGUAACAGCUACAAGAGCCGCAUCAUUUUGAGCAUUCCUGCGGCCAAAGCCGUCGUCAGUGAAGUAUCGAAAAUGCUUCCUCUACUCGAUGAGCCAUCUACUGGAGAACACGCUCCAAAGGAAAGUGUCACGAUCAAAUCGGAAACCCUCAACGUCGACGGGCGUAAGUUCUACGUCGAUUUGAAGGAGAACGAUCGCGGACGCUUCUUGCGCAUCGCUCAAAUGCCAACGAACCCGCGUCAAACUCGUCAGCAAAUCGCUGUGCCAGCUGACGGAAUCGCUGAGGUUCAUAAAGUUCUCUCGGAGUAUCUGACCAAGUUCGGAGAAGGCCAUGAGCAGGAGAAUACCAACACUCCAAAGAUCACUGCUGAGAACAAAUCGUUCCUCUUCCACGCCGGAAAGAACGACCGCGGAGAGUUCCUCCGUAUCUCGGAGAUCAAGUUGAACAGCGGAUACCGCAAUGCAAUCACUAUUCCAAUGUCGGCUCUGGCUGACUUCCGCAAGGAGUUGGACAACAUCAUCGCCACUCAAGGAAAACAGUAA